GAGAACAAGACGCCAGCACCGUAAGCGACACACACAGUGGCACAUACGCACACUACAUACUGUGAAAUACACUAGCAUUAAAUAACCAACUUCAUGAAGUUUUAUUUCUGUUUAAAUUCAAAACAAGAAACAAUGGACCUCCGUGAAUCAACUACCAACCAAACCAACGUUUCUUUCACCAUCGCCAACCAUUUGUUCUCCAAAGAAUCUCAUAAAGAUAACAACGUCGUGUUUUCUCCACUUUCUCUCCAACUUGUGCUUAGCAUCAUCGCUGCCGGCUCUGAGGGUUCCACACAACAACAGCUUCUUGAAUUCCUCCAAUCCAAAUCCACCGAUCAUCUUAACUCCUUCGCCUCUCAGCUCGUUUCCGAUGUCCUCACCGAUGCUGCUCCAGCCGGCGGACCUCUCCUCUCUUUCGUCAACGGUGUAUGGAUUGAACAAACACUAUCUCUUCAACCUUCAUUUAAGCAAAUCGUCUCUACUGAUUUCAAAGCCAACUUGUCUUCCGUUGAUUUCCAGAACAAGGCUGAUGAAGUGACCAAUGAAGUGAAUUUAUGGGCUGAAAAAGAGACUAAUGACCUCAUUAAAGAACUUGUUCCUCAAGGAUCAAUCGACAGCGACACCAGGCUCGUUUUUGCUAAUGCACUAUACUUUAAAGGAGUAUGGAAUAACAAGUUUGAUGUUUCGUUAACAAAAGAUAACGAUUUUCACCUUUUGAAUGGUAGUGCAGUCAAAGUUCCCUUCAUGACCAGCAAGAAGAUGCAGUUUAUUAGAAAAUUCAAUGAUUUUAAAGUCCUCGGUCUUCCUUAUAAGCAAGGUGAAGAUAACCGUCGAUUCUCCAUGUAUAUUUUUCUUCCGAAUGCAAAAGAUGGAUUGUCAGCUUUGGUUGAGAAGGUGGCUUCCGAAGCUGAGUUACUUGAUCGGCUUCCUUCUCAUCAAGUGGAAGUAGGUGACUUCAAGAUUCCAAGAUUCAAAAUUUCAUUUGGGCUUGAAAUUUCUGAUGUACUAAAAGAGUUGGGAGUAGUUCUACCUUUCUCUACCGGAGGUUUUACAAAAAUGGUAGAUUCUCUUGAGGGUCAAAACCUUUGUGUUUCUAAUAUAUUUCAUAAGUCUUUUAUUGAAGUGAAUGAAGAAGGCACAGAAGCUGCUGCAGCCUCAACAGCAUAUAUGCUAAUGAGAUGUAGACGUGUGCCAAUAGACUUUGCAGCUGACCAUCCUUUCAUAUUUGUGAUUAGAGAAGACUUGAGUGGAGCAAUCUUAUUUGUUGGUCAGGUGCUCAAUCCUCUUGAUGGAUGAUCUUAGCCAACCACCAUCUAUUAGAAUCAUGAAAGAUGAAUAAUUAACUUGUUUUCUCAUUCAUCAACUAGAUUUAGGAAGAAAAUAAUACCUUACUAUAUCGAGUUUGAUAUGAUCCACAUGUUACUGUCAUGUAUUAAGGGAAUGGGAGGAGUAUAGAAGAGGAGUUUUUUUUAAUAUAUUAUAUAUCAACUAAGUAUUUUUGUUAAUGUUUGUAAGAGUAUAAAAAUAAGAUAUGAUAUUUUCAGCUUGUUUUUCAUAAUAUUCACUUCUAUAAGAGGUCCUUUACUCGGAUCAUCUUCUGUACUCAGAACAUUUCCCAUGUCAGAGGGAUCAUCCAAUCAUCACCUCGAUGGCCGAUUAUCAUAGUCGGCUACGAGGGUUACGAUUAUUGUCAUUACUGAGGGUCUCUAAGAGUCACUUCAUAAAGGCUGCAAUUCAUCAUGUUAGAGGUAUAAAUAAGGGCUCCCACCUGAGGGAUAAGCAAGACAUACUCACUCUUGAGCUCAUGCAUACGUCUAUCGUGCUGCUCGAAUCCCUUAACAAACUCAAUCAUCUUCUUAGUUUAACCUAUAUAGUUGCGAUCUUACCGAAUUUGCUUCAGGGAGGUAGUCCAAAUGUGUUUUGCAGGAAUAGGUACUAUGUUGCUUUUGUGGAUGGUUACACUAAGUACACGUGGUUGUAUUUUAUAAAACAAAAGCCUAGAGCCUUGCAAGCUUUGAAACUCUUCCACAUGUUUGUCCAAGUCCAAUUUAAGAGCACAGUUAAGUCGGCUCUAGGCUUUAUUUUGACUAGGUAGUGGAUCAGGUGCAUGGCAUUGAUUUUGACUGUCUGAUCCACUACCUACUCAUAUUGAUAAGGUCAAUAGUACUACUAUAUUUGUACCACUGGACAACAUACCUGGUUCCACAAGUUAUCCUGAUGAUUACAAACCACCACAUAACACUAUUACUACUACUUUUGUAUCUCUUGACAGUAGACCUGGUUCCACAAAUUAUCAUGAGGAUAAUGAACCAUAUCAGCUACAUGCUUUAAAUAAAGAACAAAGUUCUAACACUGAUCAAAAUCUUUCAAACAUGUCUACAAAUGUUCCAAUGGUUAAUCUGUCCUUGUCCCCAUCAAUUCAUAGUAGUAAACCAGUUAGUCAUCUCCUUCAAAAUG